CAUGCCGUACUGUUGUGUAAAUUGUGUACAUAUGCUAGAUACUUAUUAUUGUUGAUAUGCAGUCGUAUCUGUUCCAAUUUUAUUCGUACGAUUUGAUUUAAGUGAAAUAUAUACAUAAAUUUUCUUGUGACGACGCUGCGUACGUUUUAAACUUCUUCCAGAAUGUUUCGACCGGUCUUCUCCAAACCGGGGGACAGCAUGUGGCAGGAGGAUAAGCCUGACAUUGAUGCUCAUUCAUCGACACAGUUCGUUUACAAUGCGCAUCAUUCGCUGGCACUUGACAUGCAGCGUCAGCGGCUGCCCAUAUUCAAAAACAAAGAACAUAUUAUCUAUUUAUUGGAGAAAUAUCAGACACUAGUGUUGGUUGGCGAAACAGGUUGUGGUAAAAGCACACAAGUACCUCAGUAUCUUCUUGAAGCAGGAUGGUGCGCAGAUGGGAAAAAGAUCGGCAUCACGGAGCCCAGAAGAGUUGCAGCCACAUCUCUAGCAAAUCGCGUGGCUGACGAACACAAUUGCAUUUUAGGAACCACUGUGGGUUAUUGCAUACGUUUCGAUGAUUACACUGAUGAAACGACUAAAAUUAAGUACAUGACAGAGGGUAUUCUUCUACGGGAAUUAAUGAGCGAUCCGUUAUUAACAAGCUACUCGGUCAUUAUCCUGGAUGAAGUGCACGAAAGAACGCUUUUGACUGAUAUCAUAAUGGGAUUGCUGAAAAAAAUAAUCAGGAAACGGAAGAGUCUGAGAGUUAUUGUUUCGUCGGCGACGGUCGAUGCAGAGGAGCUACGAGAUUUUUUUAAUGUGAAUACGACGAAGGACUCGAGUAAAGAUAGCGCUGUUAUCAUGAGCGUAGAGGGACGGUUAUAUCCGGUAGAUGUGUUUUUUCUAAAAGAGCCGGUGGCGAAUUAUGUUAACGGCGUAGUAGACACCGUCCUAAAAAUACAUGAAACGGAGGAGUCGGGUGAUAUCCUAGCAUUUCUCACGGGACUCGAUGAAGUCGAUCAAGCCGUCUCUCUUUUGUCGGAACACGCAAAGCUCAUAAAAGAUGGCAAACAGAAACUACUUCCGCUACCAAUGUACGGAUCGCUUCCGAACGCGGAGCAACUUAAGGUGUUCUGGAGGGCCGCUAAAGACACUCGCAAAGUUAUCGUAGCAACCAACAUCGCGGAAACAUCUAUUACUAUCCCAAAUAUUGUUUACGUAAUUGAUUGCGGCUUCGUCAAGAUACCUUGGUUUGAAGCGGAAACGCAGACAAACAGCCUUGUUAUUGUGCCUGUAUCAAAAGCUUCCGCCGAUCAACGAGCCGGCCGCGCAGGUCGCGUCCGUACUGGAAAAGCAUUUAGAUUGUAUACAGAAGAGGCUUACAUUGGAUUGUUUGAAGCUACCCCACCGGAAAUGCAACGGUCAGAUUUGGCGCCAGCGAUAUUGCAACUUAAGGCCCUAGGCAUCGAUAACGUAUUGCGAUUCAAUUUUCCAUCCGCACCACCCAGCAAAAAUUUAGUUACGGGAUUGGAAUUACUUUAUGCAUUGGGCGCGAUCGAUAGUAAUGGAGAUUUGACAAUGCCGUUAGGUUUGACGAUGGCUGAAAUGCCUUUGGAACCUGUGCUUGCAAAAUCUUUAAUCACAUCCGGUGAAAUGGGAUGUUCCGCGGAAAUCACGACGAUAUUCGCCAUGCUACAAGUUCAGAAUGUUUUCGUGCAACCUGGCGGAGGGCAAGCGGCUCUAAAAGCAAGAAUAGCGCACCGCAAAUUUGAGGUAGAAGAAGGAGAUCUUCUCACGUUGUUGAAUGUUUAUACAGCUUUCGAUCAGAAUAAAACACCCAUUUGGUGCCAAAAACAUUUUCUCAAUCACAAAGCUUUGCGGAGAGCUAUGGAAAUUCGCGUGCAGAUGCAUAAAAUGCUUAAACGUUUGGAUAUUCCACUGACAUCCUGCGAUGGAAAUGUUCAACAAAUUCUCAAAUGUUUGACCGCUGGUCUCUUUCCCAAAGCUGCAUAUCUGCAUUAUACAGGCACUUAUAGAACAGUUCGAGGCAACAAGGAUUUGUAUAUUCAUCCAAAUAGUUGUUUAUAUAUUCUGCAGCAACCGCAAUGGUUAUUAUUUUGUGAAAUUCUGCAAACAAAUAAAACUUAUAUGAAGGAUUUGACCGUCAUUCAGCCAGAAAUGUUAUUGGAAGCGGCACCUCAUUUUUAUGAAAGAACAUCUAUUGAAUCCAUUUAAAAUAUCAAAUAAAUGAUUAUUGCAACAAUUUUACUUGAGAUACGCGCAUCACAAGUUUAUUGCAACAAUUUUACUUGAGAUACGCGCAUCACAAAUUUAUUGCAACAAUUUUACUUGAGAUACGCGCAUCACACAUAAUAUUUAACAUUCAUUCUUUCUUGUAUAUAUGUGUUGUAUAUAUGUCAACUUGUAUAUGUGUCGUUUAAUGUAAAUAACGAAAAAAAUAAUUAUAAU